AUGGCGGUGGCGCCGCGGGCCCUGCGCUCCGCCGCCUGCGCGCCGCGACCUGCCCGGCGGUACGUGGCGCCCGCGGCGGGGGCCCCUGCCCAGGGCGCGGGCAGGGGCCAGGGCUCCCGGAGAGAGGCCGGCGGCGUCGCGCCGCGCGGGCCCGACGGCAGGGGGACGUCCGCGCGCAGGGCGUCGGGGCCGCGGCUCGAGGUGCCUUCGCGGGCUGCCUCGUCCUCGCGGUCCUCGAAGCGGGUGCCCGCCCUCUCCGCGAAGGAGUCGGUGCUGCGGGCGAGGUGCAUGGCGCAGGCGAUGCGGCGGAAGCCAGACGUGGACCUCGCCGUGGAGGCCUUCGGCACGGAGCUACUGAUCCGGCGCGACGAGUUGGCCAUGGGAGAGACAAUCGGCUCGGGGUCCGUUGCGGAGGUCUUCCGCGGCUGGCUGCGGGGCAGGGAGGUGGCGGUCAAGCGCGCGCCGGUGAGCCAGGCCAUGGACGUCAUCAACAUGCGGGAGCUCAACGUGAUGGCGCGCUGCCAGCACCCGAACCUGGUGCGCCUGUUGGGUUUCUGCCACGGAGGUCCCACCUUCGAUCUCGUGCUGGAGCUCUGCCGUGGGGGCACGAUGUUCGGCUUGCUGCACCUCUCCGACCACCAGGUCUCCCUGAGGCAGCAGCUCAAGUUGGCCGAGGACAUCGCCGAGGGCAUGGCCUACCUGCACGGGCAGGGGAUCAUGCACCGGGACCUGAAGAGCCUGAACGUGCUGCUCCACGAGCCUGUGACCAGCCUGCAAGACGUGCCGCUCGCCAAGGUCGCCGACUUCGGCAUGGCCAGGGCCCGCGGCGCCAGCGCCCGCCAGACGACUGGCGCCUGGCCCGAGGCCCGCGUGCUCCGGAGCUCGAGCAUGCCGGCGGCCAUGAAGGACGCAGCGUUGCCCCGCCUGGACGAGGCGGUCUCGCACUGCCACAGCGGCGAGUCCUCGCGCCACUCGGCGUGCUCGCCCAGCAGCAGCCCCCGCUGCGCGACCAAGACGCUCGCGCAGGGCUGCUCAGCUGGGCGGGAGGGCACUGCGGGCCUCCGGCGGCAGAGCUGCCCCGUCGUGCCCAUCAGGUGCCACGACGGCGAGUGGACGAUGCCGAACCCCCCGCAGCUUUCGCAGGCCAUCGGGCUCGAGCUCCCGGGUGGCUCCCGCCACGCUGCUUCCAUGCCCAGCCGCAUCGGCGGCGCCCCGAGUGUGAGCCUCAACGGCAUGCGCAUCGGCGCGCGGGGCACGCCCGACCAUGGGUCACCCGAGCCGUCAGAGUUCUCCCGCUCCUGCUCCAGCUUCAGCAGCUCCAGGUCCGGCUCCAACCACAGCUCGUCGAGGCACUCCCGGGCCGCAGACGGUGACAUCCCGCCGCCGUGGCCGUCGCCGGCCGCCGCGUCGCGCCGCGCCUUGGUCGUCUCGCCGGCCUCCGACGUCGCCCUCGGGCCCGAGGGCGCAGUGGGUGCGAGGGACCUCAGCCACAGCGCGGUACAUAAUCAGCAUAUUCUGCGUGGUGGCUCUUCAGGAGGUCAACAUCAUCGCUGGGCCAGAGCUAGUUCGGCGUGCUCUGAAGCCUCGAAUUAUACAUCCAGCAGCAGGCUGACUUGUCGCAUCGGCACAUUGCAGUGGAUGUCGCCCGAACUUUUGCUGAGUAGCUCCAACUACACCGCCAAGGUGGACGUGUAUGCGUACGGGAUGCUGGUGUACGAGAUUUUGUUCUGCGAGCCCCCGUUCGCGGACUUCGAGCCUGACGAGGUGGAGUCGGCCAUCCUGGCAGGCGACAGGCCCGACACAGACUUCGAGGACGCAGACGUGCCCGAGCAGCUCCUCAGACUGAUGCGGGCGUGCUGGCACCAGGACGCCGCGCGGAGGCCUUCCUUCGACGCGCUAGUGGGCGCCUUGGCCGCAUUCAGGAGGCACGACCUGGAAGCGCUCGACAUGCUCCUCGCCGCGUGA